AUGAUUUGGCUCACGACCUCCAUCGCACUCUUGCUGGGCCUCUCACUCUACUAUGUUUUCGUGCGAAAGCCCAGCAUUCAUCGCCAUGGUCAACCCCUGAGGCAAGCAUUCCAUUCCAUCCCAUCAAAGCUGCCUCUACAUGCGCCAGACUCCCUCCCGCUCCUUGGAAAUGCCAUCCAGUUCCUCAAACCUCGCCAUGUCCUCUUCGACUGGUUCGUGAAAUGCCAGCACAUAUUUGGCCAUGAGACAUUCGAGAUUUCCGUUCCUUCGCUGCCUCCCGGCGUAGUCAUCAACAGUCCCCAAGUUUUGGAGUAUGUGCUCAAAAACGAAGCAGCCAUCACCAAGGGCGAGUUCUUCAGAGAACGAUCUUGGGAUCUUUUCGGUUAUGGCAUUAUCAAUGCAUCAGGCGAGUUGUGGCGCGCACAACGGAAAGCCGGGUUGAAGUUCUUUAGUGGCACAAAUCUCGAUAUCAUGAUCGAUGAUGUUCUACCAGAGAUCUAUCAAGAUUCCACCAUGAACGUCCUCUCUCAAGCCGCCCAGGAUCGAUCCGUAGUCGACUUACAGAGGAUCUUCCAUGAUCUCACGACCACGGUGGUGGGACACAUGGCCUACGAUAUGGAAAUCGAGGCCUCGUCCCCAUUCAGCAAAGCCUUCGACCACGCCUCGUCCCAGAUUGGUCUCCGCUUUCAAAACCCCCUCUACCGCCUCACCGAGAUCUUCACAGGCUCUUCCUUCCGCGCGGCGCUUGUCGAAGUGAAACGCUUCGGCCGUCAGAUUGUGUCCGAAGCGCGGAAGCGUCGUGCUCGAGAAGCGUUUGAAAGUCUCAUCACCAACACCCACGAGGAGGAGACCACGCUCAAGAAGCAGCGUGAACAGCCCGACAACGACGACGACGAAUUUGGGUUGGGAUUUGGAUCGCUGAUCGAUUCGCUGAUCGAAUCGUUGGGAGAUCCGAAAAUUGUUGCCGAUGCAGCUCUCAAUUUCCUGUCUGCGGGUCGAGAUACCACGGCCCAGAGUUUCACCUGGACGUUCUAUGCGUUGCUGAGACAUCCCGAGGCAUUAAAGCGGGUAAGAGAAGAAAUCGAUUCGAAAUUCCAAGUGAAGCCCGCUCCUACAGUGGAGAAGAAGUCCUUAGAUGCUGCUGCAGUUGCAUCUGCUGAAAGCGAGGACGAGGAUGUUGAAAUCGACGUAUCAGCCCUCCAACCCAGCUCCCUUCCUUACACUAUGGCUGCCUUCUACGAAUCCCUGCGCCUCUACCCACCCGUCCCCUUUGAAAUAAAGCAGACCACCCAACCCGUCACUCUACCGGACGGCACCUCCUUGCCCGCCGGGGCAGUGGUAGUGUGGUGCAUCUGGGCACUGAACCGGUCCUCCUCAACAUUCGGCGAAGACGCGCACUCGUUCCGCCCCGAGCGCUGGUUAGAAACCGAUACCUCAAAGCCGAAUUCAAACUCAGACGCGGACACUAACACCGCGCCCGAACAACAUACACUCAAAUUCACAGGCUCCAAAUACUCGGCGGGCGAGUUCCCCGUCUUCAACGGCGGCCCGCGCAGCUGUUUGGGCAAGAAGAUGGCCGAGCUGAUGGGCGCGUGGGUGCUGGUGCGGAUGCUGUAUGAGUGGGACUUUGAGGAAGUCAACGACGGUCUGAACAUGGAUUCCUUGUCUGGUCAGCGCCGCAGCGCCAAUUCCUUGACUCUCCCUAUGGAGGGCGGUUUGCCUGUAAGGGUCACGAGGAGGAAGCGGAGGAGUGGUGGAGGCGUGAAAUGA